AAGCAGCAAAGAUGUCUCCUGUGGACAUGAAUGGAUACUGGAAAAUGACAAGUAAUGAAAACUUUGAUGAAUACAUGGAAGUGCUAGAUGUGAAUCUUGUCAUCAGAAAAAUUGCCAGCUAUCUCAUCUUUGAUAAGGAGAUUGUUCAGAAUGGUGAUCAUUUUAAUAUUAAGACUCUCACCACCUUUAGGAACUACCAUAUGGAGUUUGAUGUUGGGAAGGAGUUUGAGGAGGAUUUGGUUGGGGUAGAUGACAGGAAAUGUAUGACCACGGUAAACUGGGAGGGAGACAAACUGGUGUGUGUGCAGAAAGGAGAAAAGGAAGGAAGGGGCUGGACACAGUGGGUGAAAGGGGAUGAGUUACAUGUGGAAAUGCGAGUCUGUGGAGUGGUGUGUAAACAGGUUUUUAAGAAACAAGUUCUCAACGGAUAUGCCUUGAACCACAAGUAAUCUACUGUGAAUAAAAGUGAAAGUUCCUGCCUAUUAAUAA